GUUCGCGUGACGGAUCCCAUCUCGUCGAUUCCUACCCGGGAUGAACCCCGGGAUUACUUUAACCUCUCGAAUGGAACGCGUGGAGAAAAUUGCAUGAACUUGAAUCGCGCAAAUGUCAAGCUGGUUAACAAGAGUGACAGAUUACAUGCUGGAACGUAUAUUAAAAUCCCCUAUUAUUUACACGUGACGUAAAAAAACAUUGUCUUUGAUUGGUCACCAAAUACAGAAGCAAGAUUGUUGCGAACGCGGUGCCAUCUAUUUUUAUGUGUCAUAUGAGUCAAAGCAAAGAGCUCAGGCUUCUCUCCGGUGAAAGAAACACGCAUUGCGAUCAGCUAAAGGAUAGCUACAUCGAGAAGACACAGAGACUCGACGACAAAGAUGUUUCCGGCUUACGCACAUUUAUCGGCUUACGACAGGCACAAGAAACUCGUAAACGACUACUUGACAAUCUACGGAAAGUCUGUAUCUUCAUUCAAGCGAGACACGUCCCGAGACAAGACUGAUCAUGAUGUCAUCAGAGAGAAUCAUAGAUUUCUUUGGAAUCAAGAAGAUGUCCCGGAUACAUGGGGUGCAAGAUUGGCUAAAAAAUACUACGACAAAUUGUUCAAGGAGUAUUGCAUAUGCGAUCUUACAUAUUACAAAUAUAACAAGGUUGCUCUGAGAUGGAGAACUGAGAAGGAAGUAAUAGUUGGAAAAGGACAGUUUGAGUGUGGCAGUAAAACGUGCCAAGAGAAGGAAAAUUUGCGUUCUUGGGAACUUAAUUUCGGCUACAUAGAACAUGGAAAAAAAAAUGCAUUAGUAAAAUUAAGACUUUGCCCAGAAUGUUCGGUAAAACUUAAUUAUCGAUCACAAAAGCGGGAGGUGAAGAGAAGAAAAUCUUUGAAGCGUUUAGAUACAAAUUCCGAGAGUAACAACGACGUGCCUACUGUAUCCAGUAAUAUAGAAUUAAAUAAAGAAAGAGAUUCUAAUUUGGCUGAAAUACAGAGCAGUGAGAAUACUGAUGCAGAUAAAUCUGAAAAUAUCUGGAAAGAGAAGCCGACUGAAGACAUAGAAAAAACAAGAGAAAAAGAAUUUGAGGAAUAUCUGGCAGAUUUACUUAUGUGAAUACAAGGCUUUCGUUAUAAUAUGUAGUUCAACGUGAUAUUGUAAAUAGAUAACAAGAAAAAUAAUUUCAUUUCUUAUACUUUAAUAUUUUGUUUAAUUUUUGUACAGGUAUUUGUUGUUAGCGUACAAUCAUUAAUUAUAAAAUUUUUAUAAUAAAAUAUUUCACAUAUGAGAAAUGUU